CCGUCACUGUGAUAUAGAUUUUACAUGAUUACUGCAUAAGACUACUGAUUUGUGACAAAACCAGCACUGGAAUGCGUUCAGUAUGGAGCGUGCAGCGUACAGAAGAAUGCUUUAGCAACUCCCACUUCCUGAAGAUCCAAUCCGAAACGAGCAACUGUUUCAAGGCGCCCGUCCGAAUCCGUCCAAAGCAAAACAACACACGGAAAACACAAAAAUCGCCAAUCGUUACACAUUUUCGAUUGUAAUGUUUGCGCGUUAUACGUUUGAGCGAAACGACAGUGUCUUUAAAAAAAAUACUAUUUUGGAUAUACCCCGGCUAAGAAGUUGUUUAUCUGUAGUAAGGGGAACUUGAAACCGUCCCUUGCCCCAUGUCCUCGGUUGUUUUUCUUCUUUCGCCUGGAUUCUCCAUGUUGUCGGUGAAAAAGUGAGGGCUUUACCCAGACCAGAGGGGGCAAUGGAUAAAUAUACAUGCGAUAGAGUAAACCGAGACUCGAAUCCUAGAGAAUAGCAGAUAAGAGAAAACAAAACAAAGUGGCAUGCCCCUCCCAUGUGGAAGAGAAUAGAAGGCGGGAAUAAAUAAAUAAAAUAAUUCGUCGCCGUCGGAUCGAGAUAUUUUUUGCGCGAACGGAAAUUAUUCAUUUCAGGCAUCGCUAGCUAUUAAUGCCACUAAAUGCGGGCCGACUGUUUGUCGCUGGAAAAGGUUGGUUGGACGUUAAGGGCUGUGCGUUUGUUAGAUGGAAAGUUCUAUCAUCACUCAAGUGCGGAGAGAGGAUUCUCUGUCGUCUUCGAAAACAGAUCGGGUGAAUAAAAGCUCGCCUCAGAAACCUGGAAGUCGAAAUAUCUUCAAAAAGCUCAUCUGUUGCCUUCGAGCACAAGAUGCCCAGCUGCCAGCUUCACCUACCCAUGAUGCCUUGCUAGCAACUAAGGACAAUGGAACCAUUGCCAAAAUACCAGGAGAGUGUCUUCUACCAGCAUUGACCUCUCAGGACCAGCGUAAGAUCUGUGUGGUCAUAGAUCUUGAUGAAACACUUGUGCAUAGCUCCUUUAAGCCAAUAAGCAAUGCUGAUUUCAUCGUGCCUGUGGAGAUCGAGGGGACAACACACCAGGUGUAUGUGUUGAAGCGGCCAUAUGUGGACGAGUUUCUUCAGAGGAUGGGAGAAUUGUUUGAAUGUGUUCUGUUCACUGCCAGCCUUGCUAAGUAUGCAGACCCAGUGACUGACCUGCUGGAUCGAUGUGGCGUGUUCCAGUCCCGGCUCUUCCGAGAAUCUUGCGUGUUCUAUCAAGGCUGCUAUGUUAAGGACCUGAGUCGCUUAGGCCGUGAGCUCCACAAAACCUUGAUCCUGGACAACUCCCCUGCCUCAUACAUCUUCCACCCUGAGAAUGCUGUCCCUGUGUUGUCCUGGUUCGAUGAUACAGAGGACACAGAGCUGCUUCACCUCAUCCCAGUAUUUGAAGAGUUAAGCCAAGCCGAUGAUGUCUACAGCAGGCUAGAACAACUCAGGGGUCUCUCCCUACACUGAACAGGGCAAACCUCCAGGUUGUGCUGCACUGACUGCCAAUCACACAUAAGCAGCUCAUAUGACAGUAGACUCCCCCCUCUGACCUAAAAACACAAACACAAAAGCUUAUAAUCUACUGAAAAUUGUGCUGUUCUGUUAUUUGGUCCAAGUGACCUUUAACUGUUCGAGACGAUAAAUAUUUUUAUCGGAGACUGACUCUGUCAUCGAGUCUUUUGCAAUAAUAAUUUACGAAUUUUUUAUUACUUUUUUACUUUUCUAUUAUUAUGAUUUCUUUACUACAUCUUUGGGAGAUUAAACCAGAUGCUGAUGAACAUUAUAAAAUACAGGGUUUAAUCAAAUAGAUGAACUAUGGUAAUCGGCUCAGAAAAUACUUUACACAGCACAAUAAACAUUCAGGUCAGUCUAUGCAAGUUCAACUUGAACAGAUCACUAUUACACCCUGUUUGUUUUAAUCUUUAUCAUUGAUUUAUCAACGUACUUCAAAUUUUUUCAGGCAGUCUAGUUUUCCUAUUGUAUUCUAGACUCAUAAUGCCAGGAAUUGUAAAAUGGCAUGAAUGGGAUACAUAUUUUUAUUAUCCAACAUGCUAUGCAAAUGUUUUAUAUACAAAUGUGACACCAAUUCAUACACUUGUCUUAUUACUUUAAAGGCCUUUAAACACACUUCCAUUUCACUAAGGUGGUUUAACAUAACAUUUAACAAAACACCUGUUUUUUCUCUGUUUUGUGUGAAUUACAAGCACACACUGUUACUUUGAUAUUUACUGUAUUCAUCUUAAAGUGUCCUUAUAUCUGCUUCAAGUGUACUUGAGCUUUGUUAUGAUGCUUGAGAGGCAGAAUUAACACCACACAGAUUGAACCAAAGAUGCAUGUUGUUUAGUUUAUCGUACUCAUUGAGGGUUUACAUCAUGCUGUAUUUUGUCCAGACAACUACUUAUGCUGUCAUCUAUAUGUAUAUUUGGUUGAAACUUGAAUUCUUCGUAUGAAACGCUGUUGGCACAGACCAGCUGCUCCACCACCUUUUGUUUUUAAAUAUGAUCAGUUGUUUUUACUGUAGCAUAAGUAUUAAAACAAUUUUAUACUCGCAGCAAAAUGUUCAAAGGGUGGUAUCUUGCCUGUGUAAGGUUUGUGUUACGUGAUGUUCAACUUUUGUACUGCCAACGAAUACACUUGUUUUCAUGUGCAUAAAAAUAUACAUAAAAUAGUUGAAAUUA